GGUGGUAGAGGUGCGGGUGGUGGUAGAGGUGCGGGUGGUGGUAGAGGUGCAGGUGGUGAUAGAGGUGCGGGUGGUGGUAGAGGUGCAUGUGGCACAGGUACAGGUGUGUGUGUGUGAGUGUGUUGUCUACAUGGGGAGUGUAUGGGUGCCGCACCCCAGUAAGAGAUACCGGUACCCGUCAGUGUGCAGCCCUCAGCACCAGAGGAGAGACGGCGGGUGUACCCUGUGGAGCCUGAGGGUGCGCGUGUGUUGGUCUGCGCAUCACACCCUGUACAUUCACCGCUCAACCUCUUACGGUGACCAGGUGUGGAGGUGAAGGCGCUGCGAGUGGGUAUAAGCAGGUGCGGCAGGAGGCGUGAGGAUGAAGGUGGUGGCAUGUGUGGUGAGGACCCUGUGGCCGCAGGAGUGGACAGGGAGGUGCAGGACGCUGCUGGUGUCUGCGGCGCUCCUAGCCAACGCUCGCAGAGUCCUCAAGCACAUCAAGAGGAGACGACUCAGGCGGGAGUAUGAGAGCGCGGGGAAGGACGUGGUUGUCCUCCACCAGUUCGUCAGAGGCAGGUACUGCCCCAACCUCAGCCCCUUCGCCCUCAAGCUCGAGGCCUUCUUCAGGCUCGCAAACAUCAAGUAUGUGGUGGACAGCCAGACCCCGUUUGGACCGAAGGGAAGGUGUCCGAGGAUCACCAUCAACGGGGAGGAGGUGGCCGACUCCGAGUUCAUCCUGGAGCACUUGACCCACCGCUUCAACCUGGACCUCGACGCCCACAUCUACCCCAGACAGGCAGCCGUUCUGGAGGCUGUUCGGGUCCUCGCCGACGAACACCUCUUCUGGUGUGUGGUGGUGUGGCGGUACUGGCUGGACGGGAGUGUUACUUUCUUAAAAUCACAGAACUUCAGUCUCUGCUUGCGCUUCGCCUUCUCCUUCAUCGUGCCGCGGGGUAUGAGGGACAGGGCCAGGCAGCACGGCAUCGGCCUCCACACGCCCCUCGAGAUCUACCAAAUAUGCAAGAAAGAUUGUGAAACGUUAGCCGGAGUCCUGGGUGAGUGACUGGUCCCUGGGACACGGGAGCCAUGUCCUGGGUGAGUGACUGGUCCCUGGGACAUGGGAGCCAUGGUCCUGGGUGAGUGACUGGUCCCUGGGACACGGGAGCCAUGGUCCUGGGUGAGUGACUGGUCCCUGGGACACGGGAGCCAUGGUCCUGGGUGAGUGACUGGUCCCUGGGACGCAGGAGCCAUGGUCCUGGGUGAGUGACUGGUCCCUGGGACACGGGAGCCAUGAUCCUGGGUGAGUGACUGGUCCCUGGGACACGGGAGCCAUGGUCCUGGGUGAGUGACUGGUCCCUGGGACACGGGAGCCAUGGUCCUGGGUGAGUGACUGGUCCCUGGGACACGGGAGCCAUGGUCCUGGGUGAGUGACUGGUCCCUGGGACACGGGAGCCAUGGUCCUGGGUGAGUGACUGGUCCCUGGGACACGGGAGCCAUGGUCCUGGGUGAGUGACUGGUUCCUGGGACACGGGAGCCAUGGUCCUGGGUGAGUGACUGGUCCCUGGGACACGGGAGCCAUGGUCCUGGGUGAGUGACUGGUCCCUGGGACACGGGAGCCAUGGUCCUGGGUGAGUGACUGGUCCCUGGGACACGGGAGCCAUGGUCCUGGGUGAGUGACUGGUCCCUGGGACACGGGAGCCAUGGUCCUGGGUGAGUGACUGGUCCCUGGGACACGGGAGCCAUGGUCCUGGGUGAGUGACUGGUCCCUGGGACACGGGAGCCAUGGUCCUGGGUGAGUGACUGGUCCCUGGGACACGGGAGCCAUGGUCCUGGGUGAGUGACUGGUCCCUGGGACACGGGAGCCAUGGUCCUGGGUGAGUGACUGGUCCCUGGGACACGGGAGCCAUGGUCCUGGGUGAGUGACUGGUCCCUGGGACACGGGAGCCAUGGUCCUGGGUGAGUGACUGGUCCCUGGGACACGGGAGCCAUGGUCCUGGGUGAGUGACUGGUCCCUGGGACACGGGAGCCAUGGUCCUGGGUGAGUGACUGGUCCCUGGGACACGGGAGCCAUGGUCCUGGGUGAGUGACUGGUCCCUGGGACACGGGAGCCAUGGUCCUGGGUGAGUGACUGGUCCCUGGGACAUGGGAGCCAAGGUCCUGGGUGAGUGACUGGUCCCUGGGACACGGAAGCCAUGGUCCUGGGUGAGUGACUGGUCCCUGGGACACGGGAGCCAUGGUCCUGGGUGAGUGACUGGUCCCUGGGACAUGGGAGCCAUGGUCCUGGGUGAGUGACUGGUCCCUGGGACACGGGAGCCAUGGUCCUGGGUGAGUGACUGGUCCCUGGGACACGGGAGCCAUGGUCCUGGGUGAGUGACUGGUCCCUGGGACAUGGGAGCCAUGGUCCUGGGUGAGUGACUGGUCCCUGGGACACGGGAGCCAUGGUCCUGGGUGAGUGACUGGUCCCUGGGACACGG